AUGGACCACGACAACACUCCAAAUCAACCACCCCCUCCACUCGAUACCACCCAGCCCCCACAACUCAAUGCCACAAUCUGUCAGCACGCAUGGGGCUGCGAGUGCGGCCAAAACAUUGGCGAGGGCAGUGAAGACGCCUACCACCCCUCCGCUUCCAUCGGCCAGCAAUGGGAGAUGAUCAACGAGCACGCCACGCACCGUACGAUACCCAACACGCGCAGCGAGUCAGACACUGAUUCCAUCCAGGGCGACGAGGGCGUUGAGAGUUCUGCCUCUCCGCUUGAAGACCCGCCUCACAUCUCCCGCCAGAUUCGCGUCCAAAGUCACACCAACCUCGACAGUCUCUUUGCGCUCCUUCGAGCUUUGAACCAACACGAUGAAGAGCCAUCGCCCAGCAAUUGGCUGGUGGUUGGGUACGAGUAUGACUCUGACUCUCCCACUUGGCAGUCUGUCUGGGGCUCACCUUCCCCAAUGUGGCGCUCGCCCACCGACUCCUUGUUCGUCAACGUUGGCAGUCGCAGCACCAGUAGCGGCGAAAGUAGUCUUUGCCCAUCCUCUCGCUCAUUCAGUCGAGUGGCCAGCACGCCCAAUCUGUUGCUGAAUAUGGGUGCCGGGCUGGAAGCACAUUUUCUCCCGCUGUACCAUUUCAGCGGCAGUCCGUUGAGCUUGAGUGUCGAGUGCCUGUAUCCUACGGACUUUGGUGGAAGCGGGGAAGAGGGUGAAUGA